AUGGUAGAGAAUAACGAAGAAGCUAAGAAAAUGGAAGAUGUGUUGUUGCCUGGAUUUAGGUUUCAUCCAACGGACGAAGAGCUCGUGAGUUUCUAUCUGAAGCGGAAGGUUGAACAUCGACCACUCUCCAUCAAGCUCAUUACACAGCUCGAUAUCUACAAAUAUGACCCAUGGGAUCUUCCAAAGUUUGCGAUGGCGGGUGAGAAAGAAUGGUAUUUCUACUGCCCAAGAGAUAGAAAGUAUAGGAACAGCACGAGGCCAAACCGAGUAACUGGUGCUGGAUUCUGGAAAGCCACGGGAACCGACAAGCCGAUAUACUCGUCCGACGGAAGCAAAUGCGUUGGUCUGAGGAAGUCACUUGUGUUUUAUAAAGGAAGAGCUGCUAAAGGGAUUAAGACAGAUUGGAUGAUGCAUGAGUUUCGCUUGCCUUCUGCUUCUUCACAUACUCUCUUUGAUACUCAAGUCUCUCCCAAUGAUUCAUGGGCUAUUUGCAGAAUAUUAAAGAAGACAAACACAACGACCCUUAGAGCCAUCUCUCACUCCUUUGUUUCCUCAUUACCACAAGAGGCAAGAACCAACACAGCACCCUACAAAAAACCAAUAAACACAGCCCAAAUUUCUUCAGAGAAGAUCCUCAAAAACAGUUCUUGCUUCAAAUAUUACUAUGAAGAUAUGAAUAUUGCCCAACCGCAUUCAUAUUUUGAUGAUAAAGAAACUACUACCAAUACUCAUUUCACUGAUUCCUCAAACAAUCCAGGUCCGUGUCUGGACCAACAGUACCUGAAAAGCCUCUUGAUUGCCUCGCAAGAAACACAACCACCUCAGUUUCCAAAGUUCAUCAACAACGACAUGAUCUCGUCGUUUCUGCUAAACAUGUCAUCAUCAUCAGAGUCAUCUAUCCUCGGAGAAUACGCAAAUCAUGUAGACUCAAACAUCGACAUCGACGCAAUAUUGGCGCAAGAGAAGUGUCCUGCUCUUGUGAGUCUGCCGCAAGAGUACCAUGAGACCAGUUUUGAAGGGAACAAGAGUGGUGCGAAUCAAGAUCAUCAUCGUGCUCUCUUUCACACAUUUCGGUAUGGUGACUUGACUUCAACUUCAACUAUUAUUGGAGAUCAACAUCAAAAUCAGAAGCAUCACAUGUUAAUGGAGAGUUACUAUUCCUCGAUUGAUGAAGAUUUGCCUAUUUCGUUAUCCACUACUUGA